CCUCCUAAGAUGGCUACGGUGCUGCGGGGCCUGGAGCCGUGGAACCGCGUGAGAAUCCCGAAGGCGGGGAGCCGCAGCGCAGUGACCGUGCAGGACCCCGACUCGGCUCUCGACCUUUGUGUUGCAGCCGUAAUUAGAGAAUGCUGUCUUGUUACACUGUCACUGAAGAGCCAAACCUUAGAUGCAGAAACAGAUGUGCUAUGCGCAGUCCUUUACAGCAAUCACAACAGAAUGGGCCGCCACAAGCCCCACUUAGCCCUCAAACAGGUUGAACAAUGUUUAAAACGUUUGAAAAACAUGGAUUUGGAGGGUUCAAUUCAACAUCUGUCUGAGUUGUUUUCUUCCAAUGAAAACCAGCCUGUAACUACCAAAGCAUGUGUCAUUCCCAGCCAACCGGUGGUUGAGCUGGUGCUCAUGAAGAUUUUGGGAGCCUGCAAGUUGUUACUUCGCUUCUUGGACUGUUGCUGCAAGACAUUUCUCUUGACUGUGAAACACCUUGGCUUACAAGAAUUCAUUAUUUUAAACCUUGUGAUGGUUGGGCUGGUGAGCAGGUUAUGGGUUCUCUAUAAAGGUGUUUUGAAAAGGCUGACUUCUUUAUAUGAGCCAUUGUUCAGAUUGCUUCAAGAGGUCUCUAGGAUUCAACCACUGCCUUACUUCAAAGAUUUUACUUUUCCUUCUGAUAUUGCUGAAUUUUUAGGACAGCCCUAUUUUGAGGUUUUUAAGAAAAAAGUGCCUACAGCUUUUGCAGCUAAAGGAGUAACUAAAUUGUUAAAUAAGCUGUUUUUAACAAAAGAGCAAUCACCGAGGUCUAGCAAAGAAACUGUACUCAGAAUUUCCAAAAAAGCUAAACAAAUGAGGAUCAAUACACAGAAUAAUGUGGAUCUUGGACAGCCAGUACAGAAUAAGAGAAUCUUCAAAGAAAAGUCAUCAGAAUUUGAUGUGAGAGCUUUCUGCAAACAGCUGAAACACAAAGCUAUUCAGGAGACCAACUUUAAAUGUUCUCAGUCCAAAGUAAAGGCAACCAAACGUUCUUCUCAGAAAGCAACAGGAACUCCCUGUGCCAAAAGUUUUGUGCAAAGAUUUCGAGAGGCUGAGAGUUUCACUCAACUUUCUGAAGAAAUCCAAACAGCAAUUUUGUGGUGCAGGAGCAAAAAACUCAAGGCUCAGGCCUCCUUUCUUGGUAACAAACUUCUUAAAAGUAACCGGCUUAAACAUGUGGAAGCUCAAGGCUAUAGUUUGCCGAAGAAACUAGAAUGCAUAAAAACAUCUAUUUGCAACUGCCUUCUUCGUGGCGCAGGAAUCAAAACUUCAAAGCAUCAUGUGAGCCGAAGAAGAUCUCAGAAUAGAUUUUUACUGGAACAGAGGAAACUACAGAGAAAGCUGCAGUUGACUCUUUCAGAGGCAAUUCAGCCAUCCCCUCAAGGGACUCAGAAUGCUACAGAUAGUAGUAAAUGGAGACUCUCGCACUGUACAGUUCAUAGAACUGAUCUCUCCCCUAACAGUAAUCACCUCUUGAGUAGCAGAGUUUCAAAUCCUGCCAUACAAACUAAAGAGAAACAAAUUCAUGAAAACCUUACAGGAAGCAAUGAAAAUGAAACUGAUUCAUGGACAGUGAUGCAAAUGAACAAACAUAAUACAUCAGGAACCAUUAAGGAGACAGAUGACAUUGAUGAUAUUUUUGCUCUAAUGGGAGUUUAGAUGCUCAUUUGUGAGACAUUUAAGUGCUUAACAAACUGGUCCAGUGUCCUGCUGUUUUAUGUGGAACUGCUGAAAAAAAAUCUGGAAAGACUUGGAAGUACCACUUGGGACUCAGAGAUGAGCUACCUUAGUGUAACAUUGUACAGCAGUUCAUUUCAGUUCAAUAAACAUUUAU